CCGUGUUUACAGUGCACUCUGGCACAGUUUUGCUCUGUUCUACUUUGCUGUAAGAGCUGUUAAUGUACCUUUCUUGCUUCUGACGCUGCGUUGUUACACUACAGAUCGCCGAACAAUGUCUCCGAAAAACCGUGUUUUUGUGGUCGGAGUUGGGAUGACAAAGUUUGAGAAGCCGGGCGCCAGAGAUGAGUUUGAUUACCCUGAUAUGGCCAAAGAAGCAGGACAGAAGGCCUUGGCAGAUGCAGGAGUCCCUUACUCGGCUAUAGAGCAGGCUUGUGUGGGCUAUGUGUAUGGGGACUCGACCUGUGGACAGAGGGCCAUCUACCACAGCCUUGGCCUUACGGGCAUCCCCAUCAUCAACGUCAACAACAACUGCUCCACGGGCUCCACCGCCCUCUUCAUGGCUCGCCAGCUGGUGCAGGGAGGUCUGGCCGACUGUGUUCUCGCCCUGGGGUUUGAAAAGAUGGAGAGAGGCUCCCUGUCAUCGAAGUACAUGGACAGGACCAAUCCCAUGGACAAGCACAUGGAGGUGGUGAUCAAUCGUUACGGCCUUGCUGCCGCCCCGGCUGCUCCUCAGCUGUUUGGCAAUGCUGGUCGUGAGCACAUGGAGAAAUACGGGACUAAAACUGAGCAUUUCGCUAAAAUCGCCUGGAAGAACCAUAAACAUUCUACCAACAACCCAUACUCUCAGUUCCAGAAUGAAUACAGUCUGGACCAGGUGCUGAAGUCAAAAAAGGUCUUCGAGUUCCUGACUCUGUUGCAGUGCUGCCCUACCUCAGACGGUGCGGGGGCAGCAGUUCUGGCCAGCGAGGACUUCGUGAGGAGCCAUGGACUCGAGGAGAAGGCCGUGGAGAUCGUGGCUCAGGAGAUGGUGACCGACCUGUCGUCUACGUUCCAGGACAACAGCUGCAUAAAGGCGGUGGGCUAUGACAUGACUAAGCUGGCUGCCAGAAAGUGCUUUGAUACGGCGGGCCUGAAGCCGACUGACGUUGACGUCAUCGAGCUGCAUGACUGCUUCUCGGCCAAUGAGCUCAUCACGUACGAGGCUCUGGGACUUUGUUCUGAGGGUGAAGCAGGGGAGCUGAUUGACAGAGGAGACAAUACGUACGGGGGGAAGUGGGUGGUCAACCCGAGUGGGGGCCUCAUCUCAAAAGGACACCCGCUGGGAGCCACUGGCCUGGCGCAGUGCUCGGAGCUCUGCUGGCAGCUUCGAGGGGAAGCAGGAAAUAGGCAGGUUCCUGGUGCAAAGGUCGCCUUGCAGCACAACCUCGGCCUUGGUGGAGCAGUGGUGGUCACUCUGUACAGAAUGGGCUUCCCACAGAUUGAAAGGUCUCAGCGGGUACAGGCUGUGCCCACCAGUGCCCCCAGUGGUUUGGAGGGGUUCAAGGCGCACGCAGUCUUCCAGGAAAUUGAAAAGAAGCUGCAGGAGGAUGGGGAGGAGUAUGUGAAGAAGAUUGGCGGCGUGUUUGCUUUUAAGGUGAAGGACGGGCCUGAGGGGAAGGAAGCUCUCUGGGUGGUGGAUGUGAAGAAUGGCAAGGGCUCUGUGGACAAUGACGCAGGUCAGUUGUCUGUCACCAACGGUACAGAGAAAAAGACAGACUGCACCGUCUGCAUGUCAGAUGCUGAUUUACUGGCAAUGAUGACUGGGAAAAUGAACCCACAGACGGCCUUCUUCCAGGGCAAGCUGAAGAUCACUGGGAACAUGGGCAUGGCCAUGAAGCUCCAGAACCUGCAGCUGCAGCCUGGCAAAGCGAAACUGUGAGGGGUUGACUGUGCCUCAGUCUCUCCAGGAGUCCACAGGACGGGGGGAGUUCCCUCUGCCCAUCUGUAGGGAGAUGGACACCCCCCCUCACCUCCCCCGCACCCACCUUGUUCUAACUCAGAGUAAUUGGAGCAAUUCUAGGUUUGCACAGACUUUGGAAUAUUAACGCAUCUUGAUUAAAAUGAUCUUUCUGUAAAUGAUUAAUAAUUGCAUAAGCUGUCUUAGAUCUUUUUUUUUGUUUUGACUUCCUGAGCAGGUAAUGUCCUAACCCUGUGGAAUUCCAUUUCUGUGUGUUAAGGGGAUAGUAAUAUACAUUUUCGGGGUUGGGUGAAUCUUGCAAGGUUGUACGAUUUGUUCUGCAAUUAUGACAAGUUUUUGCCCUUCGGUUAACUUCUACCAAAUGACUGGUGUGUUUUUGGGAAGAGGUCCAUACUGAGGAGGUGCAUUGAAUUUAUUCAUCUGCACGGUUAUUGGCCACUCAUGCAUUAAGAGGCUUAAUAAGGCCUUCUUAAAGCAUACAUAGCAUCGACUUGCCUGGUGUUCUACUGCUACCAUGUGAAGCAUUUGUUAAAAAAAAUGUUUAAAAUGCAAUGGUUUUUUAAUGGUUGAUGUAAACUGAAGCCUGUGCAGCAUAAGGAAGAGAACCAUGAAUUAUGUAUGAAAGUGAGCAGUAUGUCCCUGUGACAGAUCUCAUAGAGCACUGCAUGUGCUUAUAUCUGUUUAUGAAAGGUAAGUCAAUGCUCUGAAAUGCAUUCUGGUUGCUUUAAUAAGGCCCAGUGUAAAAGGAGUCUCUGUCCAUGUUUAAAUGGGGUCUUUUUAAAAGACCUUUAAAUGUGCCUAUAUCUGUCUUGGAGUUGUAGUCACUAUAUCUCUCUAGACUGGCAAUACGUUUUGCAGAUUGAUCCAGUAUAAAUCAUUUAGAUGUAUUGGAGUAAAAAAAAAUAAUUUAAAAAGAGUAAAGAGAGUCAGAAUUUUGAUGACAAAUGCAAAAAGUCCCGAUUUUCCUAAAUAAACCUUUCAAUAAAGAAA